UAUUAUCCUGGUAGCCCUCCGAGGCAUGGGCCGGCUGCUUGAAGCCGGCACGGGUUUCGCCUGUGCGACUGACUUUCUCUUUUCCUUAGGCUGUGAUGGACCGGCGCACCACUCUGUAUAAUCGCGCCGUCACCCAUUACCACAAGGCCAAGCUGGACCGGGCCGACUUGGCCCGCGAGCUGGAAGCCGCCAAGGUUGAAGCCGCCAAGGUCCCGCAGCUGGAGUCGGAUCUCCGAGCCGCUCGCGCCCAGUGCGCCGAGAGCGAGGAGGCGGGCCGAUCCGCCGCCGGCAAGCUCAAGCUGGCUGAGCAGGAGUUGACGCGGCUGCGCCUGCUGGAGCAGAACCAUCUCGCCGAGCUCAACUCCCUCAGGACGGCGGAGAAGGAGAAGGUGGAUGAUCUGAGCCGGCGGCUGACGGAGGUGGAGAAGCAGCGGCUUGUGCUGCAGGAGGAGGUCACCGCUAAGUCCACGGAGCUGACGGCUACCGCCAAGCGCUGGACCGACGAGUUUAGCGCGCUUGAUCACGGCUUGGCGGCGGCCUUCCCGGAGACGCAGGACGCGGCUUUAGCAGCCGUUGGCGUCGCGCGCGACUCCAGGAGGCGGGAGACCGGCGAGGGCAGCUCGGAGUACUUCUCCAUGGAGGACCACAUGGCAUCCAUGGCUGCCCGCAUCGAGCCCAUCACCAAACUCGGCUGGGAGCUUCGGAAGGCGGCUGAAGAGCUGGUGCCGAUGCUGUGGCCUGAAGAGGCGGUGCCGCAAGAUAUCUCCGGCCUCAUCUCCUCGAUGGAGCGGGCGCCGGACCGCUUCCUCGACUGGAAGGAGUCGGCCACGCGCGCUGGUGCCGACAUGGCGCUGUCCUUCGUCCUCUCCUGGUACAACGAGGUGGACCUGGGGCAGCUCCAGUUCCGGCGAGCCGGCGUGGAGGACAAGCUCCCAGCCGAUCUCAAGGCCGCCCGUCUUGCCCGAGCCAGCGCCAUCGCCGACUUCGUCGACAAGGGCGCCUUCGUCGCGGACCCGAAUCCUCCUCCAUCCGAUGAAGAUUACAUGGAAGAUGAGGAGGCGGAAGACGCGCCCGAGGACGACCCGGCAGCCGGCUCCGCUGAUGCCCCUCCGGCUUAGAUUACCUGCUUUUCAGUUGUUCUUUUGCCAAGACAAUUUAUUAAAUCCCCGGGAUGCCGGGUGCAGAUGUAUGAAUAUUAUCGCCCUUUAAUUAUGUCACACUUUAAUGUGUUGGUUA